AUGGAAACCGGCAUACCCUUGCUAUUGAGUGGGGCUCAAGAGGAUGCUCGGGUUGCGUUUGAGGAGAAAAUUGGCUCCUUGACUGCCGGCAAUCCGGGCUUGGCAGUGAUUUUGGAAGAUGCUGGGCUCUCUGUAUUGCAGCCAGACAUUGGCGCAAAGAUCCGCCAGCUGGUGAGCGAGCAGGAGGAGAUCUUGGCAGAGCUUGGAGCCGAGGAGAAUCAUCCGGAGGAAGAUGGCCCGCUUUUGACUCCUGAGAGACCUGACAGACCAAAGACCAAAAAGCGACGUCAGGAACCGCCUUUCAAAGACGGUGAUCCAUUUGCAGAGAUGGAAGAGAAAGACUCGAACAAAAAUGCAACCAUCCCGCUCUACACAAAAGCCAUGAUAGUGGAGUUUGCCUUGAAGCUGCACAGAGAGAACUCUGUCACCAGCAUUGAGAGAGAAGUAAUGUCCCGCUUUAAGAAGUUUUUCUUCUCAUAUGAGUCGAACGCUUGGAAGUCCGGCCUUCUGGGAAAGUGGACACGGGGCAUUCUUCCCGUGUAUCUCCAGAAGGAAUCAGCCUUCAAUGAAGUUCUGGAGCGCAUGGUGGCUGGAAGCAACAGAGACUUGCAGAGCGCUGCUCAUCUCAAGAUUCCUGUGUUGGUGGAGACGGCGCAGUCCAUUCAGAAGAAAUGGAAAGACACCUACCGGAAAAAGUGUGAAGAGGAGCAUAUCCCCUUUCUUGAGCGUCAAAAACCUGUAGAUUCCAAGUGGGUUUGCCUCUUCUUGAUGCGCUGGCAGUGGAGCCUUCAAGCUUCCAAUACCAAGGGAGCUUUCCUGGCAGAUGACUCCCAGGAGAUGAAAGAGAUGAGGCUUGCCCAUCGUGCUCAGAUCUUGGCCAACAAGGUUCCAAUUGACUUGGUCCUCAACUUUGACCAGUUGUGGCGGUCUGCUUAUGAGCCUCCCAAAAAAGUGAUUCACAAGCGGCGUGCAAAAGAAGCUGAGCGCCAGGGUGAGGAGUGGGGAGAAUGUUGGCCAGGAGAUUUGCAAGGCAAAAGGCUGAAAGCUAUCCUUCAAAUGGUCUCAAAUGCCAUGGUUGAGAGGAUGGGACAAACAGACCGGCCUUCCAAGCUUCGAAAAGUCUGUGCAAGAUCUGACUUUGUACAGGGCGGCAGAAUUGGGGUCACAGCUGUGACAAGCACUUGGGCUUCUGGAGAGAUUGGCCCUUUGGGCAUAUGUGUGGCCAACGGAGCGCUCCCGCAGGCUUUCAUUGAAGAAGUGAAUGAGAAAUGGGCGGGACACGUGUAUGUGUUCCAAAGCAUGACCGAAUCACAUUUCAUGACUGCAGAGACGACGCUGCUCCACCUGCAGGAGCUGAUCUCACCAGCCCUGGAACUUCGCCGUGCAUCAUUGGGCUACAAUCGUGAAACCCCAGCGCUGCUGAUCUGCGAUGGAUUCACCGGCAACUUUGCUGUUUCAAACGGUGAAGGAUACAAAGCUCCUGGAUUGGAACAGGCGACCCGUCAGAUCCAGAUCGGCCUGAACGGCCAAAAGCAUUUGCAAGCAACGGCAGUGGAUAAUGUCAAAUCGUUGAUCUUUGCGUGGCAACAGAUGGGACAAAAGAUCUACCAUAAGCUCUUCCGCUGGGCAUGGGUGAGCAGGGGCGUGAUCACCGUGGAUGACAUGAAAAAGCGUUUCCCAAAUCUGUCCCAGAAGGAAGCUGAGGAGAUGCAGCUUAAGGAGGAAGCCUCAGCGCGAGAGCUAGCUGAAGGACAACAGGAUGAGUGGAUUAACCUCCCACUGCUGAUGUCUCAGUUUGCUGACAAGGGGUACUCAAAAUAUCAAUUGCAGCUCUUCGAAGCUCGGCGACGACAUGAGGCGGGCAAGCUCAGCAAAAAGAAAUUUCACGCUGCAGAGCGUGAUUGUCUCCGCACACUGGUCCUGCUUCAUACAUCGGGGCAGCCAGCCACAGCCCAGUACAUCAAAACCCACGAUGGAUCUCGAGCAACACUUAUUCUCUACAAUUUCCUGGAGCGGACAAUCAAGAUUGGAAUCUUGCCUCCUGAGCCUUUGCGUGUUCUUCGUGCAGAAACCACAUUUGAUGCAAGUAGCCUUCAGGUGGAGGUGGACAAGGACUUCCUGGAGAAGGUGUGUUUGCCAGGGCUAGAGGCCUACCAAAACAGCCAAAGUGAUCCUGAACCGGAGGAAGAGGAGCAUGAUCAGGGUGUGCAGCUGCAAACAAUGGACGAGUUGGCUGCUGAAGGUAUGCAGCUGGAUGAUCCAAUUCUUGUGCAAGUGUCCCUGGAUGAAGACGGACACCUCAUCUCCGAUGAACAUGUGGAGCUCGUGGAGAAGUCCGACUCUUCAGGCAGCGGAUGGCUUGGGCUUUAUCCCGGAAAGCCCAACGUGGGCAGAUCAUUCCACGCAGGCCUUCGUUCGGAGAAGAAAGCUUUGCUGCAGGUGUUGCUGAGGUUGUGGCAGUACCAUGAGCAGGCUUUGAACGGAGAACAUUGUGUGGUCGAAGGGGUGCCGCUGCCACAGUACAUAGAAGUAUUGUCCCAAGAGCUUGCUCUGUGUGUGGACUAA